AUGCAUGAAUUGAAGUUGUUCCCGUUCAAGACGCUUGGUUACGACAAAGGUCGGAUGCGAAACGAGAAAAACGAGGAGCUUUUUCCGGGUGUAUUGAACAAAGUGAAAGCAACUUUCUGGCCGCCAGCAUAUUUCCCCGGAAUGAGAACAAAGCAGUUCUUCUUUUGGCGAUCUAUGAAGGAUCACACUGAAGGAAUACCUAAGAUUGAGCCAUCUCCUACUGUUCGCUUUGAUCCUCCGCUGUCAAAUGCCCUUCGCUACUACCUCCUCGCACAAUGGGCGCUUCUUAUGUCAUGUUUUAUACAAUUCGAUAAAAUCCGUAUGUUCCUCGACUGGCCUGAGUUCAUUUGUAGAUUUGGCUUCAUAAUUUUCUUCAUACAAAUGUUUGGAUAUUAUUUCGACCACAGGUGA